CUCACGGCAGUUACGACUGCGAGUAAUGUUUUGUAUUUGUUUACGUUUUGGAACAGGAAUACGAGAAUAGUUUUGACAAUAAUUAUGUUUAUAAUCUCUAAAUCAAAUUUAAAAUAUAUUAUAGUCACUGUUACGAUCGCAAUAGUAGCAAUAAUUCUCAGAAAGUAUGUUUCAAUUAAUUAUACUUUAAAUACUGAAUCUCGGUUAAAACAAACAAAUGGGCCAUUGGUCUUGUCUAAUGCUGAAUUAGCUAAAUAUGACGGAAUACAUGUAGAUAAGCUUUAUUUGUCCGUCAUUGGAAACAUCUUUGAUGUCACUGAAGGCAAGAAAUAUUAUGCAAAAGGAUCAGCAUAUCAUUAUUUUAUAGGCAAAGAUGGAACAAGAGCUCUGGUGACCGGUGAUUUUACAGAUGAAUCUUAUAAUAAAGAUCAUGUCUUAGAAUUAUCUUGUAAUGAUUUAUCUGCAAUAUUACACUGGAGAAAGACAUAUAGAGAAAAAUAUAAUUUUAUUGGUUUAUUAGCUGGUAGAUAUUAUGAUGAAAAUGGUUUAGAAACUUCAUAUAUGAGUGAAUUUAAACAAAAAAUAAAGCUUUGUGAAAAAGAAAAGGAACAGGCUCAAAAACAAGAUAAAUUGUAUCCACCAUGUAAUAUCUCUUGGAGUGAAGAAGAGGGGACACGGGUAUGGUGUACUAGAACAAGUGGUGGUAUAGAACGAGGUUGGGCAGGUGUCCCUCGCCAGCUUUUUACCCCAGGUGAAGAGAAGCCUCGUUGUGUUUGUGUGAAUCUUGAAAAAAACUAUUCAAGUAUGCUUAAAGCGUAUGAGGGAUGCCCCAGUAAAUCUACACAUUGCUCAUUUAAAGAAUGAAUGUUUUUCAACUGUAACUAUAUUGUUAUUUAUACCUUAUUAUUUUAUUCAAAUGAAAUGUGAUUUUUUUUUUAUACCUAUUUUAUAGUUUUCAUAAAGAUGUUUGUCGAGCCUGC